AUGCUAAACAGGAACAUAAAGUUCAAAUUCUGCACAAGAAACGCCUCCACCUCUUCGCUUUCCUCCAUAUCUUCCACCACCUCAUACAAUGUCGCCAAAGUCUUGAGAAACUAUCCCGUCGGUGCAACUUAUCAUGGCUUCAAAAUUCAAAGAAUUCUACCGGUCCCUGAACUAUCCUUCACUGCAAUCAACCUAACUCACGAAAGAACUGGCGCUGACUAUAUACAUAUCGACAGAAACGAUAAAAAUAACGUUUUUAGUUUAGCCUUCAAGACAAAUGCUUCUGAUUCAACUGGUUUACCCCAUAUUUUAGAACACACUACUCUAUGUGGCUCUCAAAAAUAUCCUGUAAGAGAUCCCUUUUUCAAAAUGUUAAAUCGUUCUCUAUCAAAUUUUAUGAAUGCAAUGACUGGCCAUGAUUACACUUUUUACCCAUUUUCAACCACAAACCAAAUCGAUUAUCAAAACUUGAGAAAUAUCUACUUUGAUUCUGUCUUCAACCCAAUUUUAUCAAGUGAGGAUUUUUAUCAAGAAGGCUGGAGGCUAGAACACCAAGAUCCACAGGACCCCAAUACCCCAAUCAUAUUUAAAGGUGUGGUCUACAACGAAAUGAAAGGCCAACUCUCAAAUUCUUCCUAUUUUUUCUAUAUCAAUUUCUUAAAAUCAAUAUACCCUUCUUUAAACGUCUCCGGCGGUGAUCCAAAUUUUAUAACAAAUUUAUUCCAUCAAGAUCUAAUUGAUUUCCACUCCCAAAAAUAUCACCCUUCAAAUUCAAAAAUAUACUCAUACGGCGAUCUACCGUUAUCUGACAACUUGUCCUUUUUAAAUGAUAACUUAUCAGCUUUUGGUAAAAGAUCCUACGACUCUUCCAAUUCCAUCCCAGUCAACCCCAUAGACCUUUCUUCAAAUAAAUCAGUAACAAUUGAUGGCCCCACCGAUCCAAUGCUACCAAAGGAUAAACAAUUUAAAGUAUCUUUAACCUGGUUCACCGGAAACCCCAAAGACGUUUACGAAACUUUCUGUCUCAAAAUUCUCAGCAAUUUAUUAACUGAUGGUCAUUCUUCUCCUUUUUUUAAACAAUUAAUUGAAAAAAAUAUUGGCUCAGAUUUUACCGUUAACACUGGCUCAGAUUCAACUACAAAUUUAAAUAGCUUUUCAAUAGGUUUGCAAGGUUUAAUUGAAUCUGAUAUUCCUAUUUUUAAAAAUAAAGUUGCUGAAAUUAUCGAUUAUUAUUAUGAAAAUGGCUUUGAACCUUCAAAAAUUAAUGCAAUCUUAAGACAAAUCGAAAUCAAUAAAAAAGAUAAAAAAUCUCAAUUUGGCUUAAACUUAUUAUACUCAAUUAUCCCGGGUUGGGUUAACAAUAUAGAUCCUUUUGAUCAAUUGGCAUUUAACGACACUCUCAACCAAUUUAAGUCAGAAUUCCAAAUCUCAAAAGGUAAUAUUUUUAAACAUUUAAUCGAAAAAUAUUUCAUUAACAAACCAACUUUCACCUUUAUUAUAAAACCAAAGGACAAUUUUAAUGACUCUUUAAUCACUCAAGAAAAGGCUCGUUUAAACCAAAAAAUUAAAAAUUUGUCCGACGAUGAUAUGAAAACCAUUCAAAAAAGAGGCCUAAAAUUGUUAGAAAAACAAAAUUCAAAAGAAGAUUUAUCCUCCCUACCAACUUUAUCUGUAGAAAAGGAUAUUCCAGCCAUCGGCGAAAAGAUUCCUUUAGAGUUCUCAGGAAAGAACGAUAAUGAUAAUACUUUUAAAAUUUUAAAAAGAAUCACAGACACAAAUGGUUUAACUUAUUUCUUUUGUAAAAAAGAUCUAACUGACUCAAUUCCAGCAAGACUAUUGCCUUAUCUACCUUUAUUUUCUGAAUGUUUAUUGAAUUUAGGUACAAUCGACAAAUCAAUGGCUGAACUCGAAGAUGAAAUUAAACUACAUACAGGAGGUUUUCAUUCUUCCGUCUAUAUUAAACCAACCCCUGAAAAUAAUUUGAAGCCAAAAUUAUAUUGGGAAAUCACUGGUGCUUCGUUAGAUUCUCAAAUUCUUAAAAUUUAUUCAAUUUGGUUGGAAAUUUUAACUAAAAUAAAUUUUAAUAAUUUAGAAAAGCUAAAAACUUUAAUAAAAUCUUUAAAUUCAAAUAAUGUAUCUGCUAUAGCCGAUAGUGGUUCAUCUUUUGCAACUAACUUUGUCGCUUCACAAUUAUCUCCAGUUAGAAAAUUUAGUGAAUAUUUAACUGGUAUUGAACAAAUCAAAUUUUUGAGCAAACUCAAUAAAUUUGUUGAUGAUGAUGAAGCACUAAAAGAAAAUGUUGUAUCAAAAUUAAUUGAAUUGAAAAAAAUUAUUAUAAACAAUCAAAAACUAUCAUUUGCUUUAAUAACAGACAAAAACGCUGUUGAUAAAAAUGAGCAAUUAAUACAUGAUUUCACAAGUAAACUACCUGAAAAAGAAAAUGAGAAACCCACUUUGGAAAAAUUAAAAAAUCCUAAAACAAAUGAUAAGAAAUUUGAUCCAAGCAAACCCACAUGUAUUAAUUUACCAUUUCAAAUCAAUUUUGCUGCAAUGGGUAUUCAAGGAUCAAACUAUUUAUCAAAAGAUGGUGCAGCUUUACAGGUUUUAGCCCAACUAUUGACCUUUAAAUACUUGCAUAAAGAAAUUAGAGAAAAAGGUGGUGCCUACGGAGGUGGUUCCAGAUAUGGAGGUGUCGAUGGAAUAUUUAGCUAUUACUCUUACAGAGAUCCACAUCCAUUGAGAAGUAUCGAUUUCUUUAAGAAAGCGGGAGAGUUUGCUAUUAGCAAUAAAUGGACAGAUACAGAUUUAAAUGAAGCUAAAUUAACAAUUUUCCAAAGUGUUGAUUCACCAAUGGAUGUUAAAAGUGAAGGUAUGAUGAUGUUCAGAAAUAGCAUAACAGAUGAAAUGAGACAAAAUAGAAGAGAGAAUCUAUUGAGUGUUACAAUUGAAGAUAUCAAAAAAGUAGCAGAUAAGUAUUUGAUUAGUGGUAGUAAAGAUGUUAGGAGUAUUGCAGUUAUUGGGCCCAAAAGCGAAGAAAUGGAAGAUUGGAAUAUUAUUGAUUUAGAUGUUGAUUAG